AUACUACGUAUAAAAACAUAGCCUCUUUUUUGCCCAAUUUUGUUUUCCCUAGGAUACUUUGCUUCGGUUAUCAAAGAUGGAAUGCUUCAGGAUUUUAAGAGGACGGCCUGUUCUUAUAUUUCAGAAACAAUCCUGUAUUGGGACACGAAUUCUUUGCAGUGUUCGUGAAAUAAAAGGCUCAAAAUCGGCUUAUGCUAGCUCAGAUGACUCAGGCAGUAAUGAUCAUUCACCGACUGAUGCCAACCAGCCUGAAGAAUCCACCCAACCUACAACAAAACCACUCCCCUCCCAGCAUGCACCUGCCACCACCCGAGGACCGCGGCGGAAGAAGGUUGGUGAGGCCCUGCAGGAGAGGAAGUAUUUCAGCCCUGAGUUUAUGCCUCCCAUGGGGCAGAGGAGUACGCUGAAGGAUUUUCUGGAGAGGGAAGAUUGUUACAAGAGACGAGAGGUCCUGGAUAUUCCAGAGUUUUAUCCAGGUUCAAUCCUAGCCGUAACAGUGUCUGACCCGUAUGCUCCAGGAAAGGAAAAUCGUUUUGUUGGCAUCUGCAUUGAAAGGAAAAACUAUGGACUUGGUGCCAGUUUUAAGCUACGGAAUUGCAUAGAUGAUCAAGGUAUUGAGAUCAACUAUGAACUGUACAACCCCCUCAUCAAAAAGAUUGAGGUUAUCAAACUUGAGAAAACGAUAGAUCGCAACCUCCUAUACCUGCGAGAUGCCUUGCCUGAGUACAGCACCAUAGAUCCUGACAUGACAACAAUCAAACAUCCUCCAGGCAAACCAGUUCCUGUCAACGAUGUAAAGGUGAAGAUGAAACCCAAGCCAUGGCACAAGCGAUGGGAGCGGUAUGGUUUCCAAGGGAUUGACAUGACGGAGGUACUCUCUGAGGAGAGGAUAGAGGAGGGUAAGAGGUGGUGGACUCCAGAUCAUGAGAAGAUGGAUCUUCUUAAUCUAUACAGGUCAAGUUCCCAUAGCAACGAGGAGAGGGCGAUGAUCAAGGAGGAGUUUGAGAGGCAUGUCCAGAGCCUGAAGCGGAAGAAGAAGUCUAGUGCUGGCUCAUAGCGGUUUGCCAGUGGAAUGGAUUAAUAUGGACUCUCAAGCUCUAGUGGGGAUUUUGAGGUGGACGCUAAAGUCCCUAAUUGACAUUCUGAACCAACUGGUGGAUAUCAUCUGCAUGGUUCGGGAAGGAAUAUGAUUGAAUGACUGGAUUGUUGAAAAAAAAAUGAUGGAGAGGAGAUUAAAGAGGUAGGGAAGUACAUUUCAACGGGCAAUCGAGUCGCCUAGUGUGCGCCAGGUGUAAGUUUGCUUUUACAGAUCUUGCAUCAGUUUGCCGGGCGGAGUGGACUGGUAUCCAUGUACCAGUAGACUGUAAAGCUCCAGUGGGAAUUAUUGUAGCUGUGGAUACUGUAUUUUUUUACUCUCCGUGAGGAUGUGCUGGAAAGAUGAUUUGGUUUAAUGGAUUGUGAAAAACCCAAAUAAAAUUAAGCAGUCAGGAUUUAAAGGAGAAGUUCACCCUGACAAAAAGUUUAUU